CGAAGAUUUCCGUGAGACCAUUAAAAGCAGUAGUUGUAUUACACAGACAUAAUACCCUUGUCCUUUAAGAUCAUCCACCAUUUUUUUUUUUAAUUUUUCGUUUUUAUUCAAAAAAAUCUCAACUCUCGAUCUCUGCUUCUAAGUUCUAAUCAUGGGUUCAGAUGCUGAUAUGGAGGAUUAUGGGUUCGAGUACUCGGACGAGGAGCCUGAGGAACAGGACGUUGACGUCGAGAACCAAUAUUACAACUCCAAAGGUGUGGUUGAAACGGACCCGGAAGGAGCACUUGCGGGUUUUGCCAAAGUUUUUAGUAUGGAACCGGAGAAGGCAGAGUGGGGGUUCAAAGCUUUGAAACAAACCGUUAAGCUUUAUUAUCGUUUGGGAAAGUAUAAAGAAAUGAUGGAUGCUUACAGGGAGAUGCUUACAUACGUUAAAUCAGCAGUCACCCGCAACUACAGUGAGAAAUGUAUAAACAACAUCAUGGACUUCGUUUCUGGAUCAGCUAGUCAGAAUUUUGGCCUCCUGCAAGAAUUUUAUCAAACCACCUUAAAGGCUCUGGAAGAAGCAAAGAAUGAGAGACUUUGGUUCAAAACAAAUCUUAAGCUCUGCAAGAUAUGGUUUGAUAUGGGUGAAUAUGGGCGGAUGAGCAAGAUUCUGAAAGAACUCCAUAAAUCUUGUCAACGAGAAGAUGGCACAGAUGACCAGAAGAAAGGCAGUCAACUUCUGGAGGUAUAUGCAAUUGAGAUUCAAAUGUACACUGAGAACAAGAACAACAAAAAGCUUAAGCAAUUAUACCAAAGGGCACUGACAGUCAAGUCAGCAAUUCCACAUCCAAGGAUAAUGGGGAUAAUUCGAGAAUGUGGUGGGAAGAUGCAUAUGGCAGAGCGUCAAUGGGCUGAGGCAGCGACAGAUUUCUUUGAAGCUUUUAAGAAUUACGAUGAAGCUGGGAACCAAAGACGCAUACAAUGCUUAAAAUACCUGGUACUGGCUAAUAUGCUGAUGGAAUCUGAAGUGAAUCCAUUUGAUGGUCAAGAGGCAAAGCCAUAUAAAAAUGAUCCUGAGAUUUUGGCGAUGACAAACCUCAUAGCAGCACAUCAACGGAAUGAAAUAUUGGAAUUUGAGAAUAUCCUCAAGAGUAACAGAAGGACAAUAAUGGAUGAUCCAUUCAUACGGAAUUAUAUUGAAGAUCUAUUGAAGAAUGUCAGAACUCAAGUGCUGCUUAAGCUUAUUAAACCUUAUACAAGAAUUCGGAUUCCAUUCGUAUCCAAGGAACUCAAUGUACCAGAAAAAGAUGUUGAGCGACUGUUGGUUUCACUAAUAUUGGAUAAUCGUAUUGAUGGACAUAUUGAUCAAGUGAACAGGCUAUUAGAGCGCGCAGACAGGUCAAAGGGAAUGAAGAAGUAUACUGCCAUCGAGAAAUGGGACACACAACUUAGAUCACUUUAUCAAACUAUCAGCAACCGUGUGUACUGAGAAUGUGUGAGUAGAACCUCUAAAAACAAGAAAUUAAGGGUCAAAGCUAGGCAAUUAGGGGAUGGAACGUUAUGUCUUUGCGAUAUCCAAUGCAAGGAGGUCGGAGUGGGAGACUAUUUGAUCAAGAUUGUAUUAUGGUAAGGACUAAUAUAUGGAAUUGUGAUUAUUCAAUAUUUAGGUGGUGUUCAAUUUGAAUAGAGUGUUAGUUAAAUUAUAGUUUAAUUUAUUUUUAAUUUUAAUUUAUAUAAGUGAUUAAAUUUUUAAUGUUGUAAAUUAAAUAUUUGUAUAUUAUUAUUUUAUUUUAUAGAUUUUUCAUGCAGGACAAAUAUACAUGAUUUCCCAUUAAUAAUAACAAUUAGAUAGGAUUUAGGCCUA